AUGUCGGCAGAGGAAGAAAACGUUCCGACGACGGUUGAAUCGGGAGAUGCUGAUGCGGCGGUGACGACACCGGCGAGUGAGAAGAAACCGGCGGCGAAAGGUGCUAAAGCUAAGAAGACCAAGGAAGUUAAGCCGAAGAAGAAGCCUGUUGCUGCGUCGAAGGCUCCGAGGAAGAAAACUGCUUCGUCUCACCCUCCCUACGAAGAGAUGAUUAAGGACGCAAUCGUGACGUUGAAGGAGAGAACUGGAUCUAGUCAAUACGCGAUUCAGAAGUUCAUCGAGGAGAAGCAGAAAUCGCUUCCUCCUACUUUCCGGAAGCUUCUGCUUGUGAAUCUCAAGAGACUCGUCGCCUCUGGAAAAUUGGUUAAGGUCAAAGCCUCUUUCAAGCUCCCGUCUGCUAGAUCUGUCGCCGCCGCUGCUGCAGCACCGAAACCGGCGGCGCCUGCUCCGGCCAAGAAGAAACCAGCUGCCGUAGCCAAACCUAAGGCUAAAGUCGCCGCCGCACCUGCUAAAGCCAAAGCAGCAGCUAAAGGAUCUAAGAAACCGGCUGCUGCUGCUGCUGCUACGCCUAAGGCAACAGCUAAGGCUAAAGUCGCUGUUAAACCCAAAACGAAGACCGUCGCUGCUGUAUCCAAGACGAAAGCUGUUGCUGCAAAGCCUAAGGCCAAGGAGAGACCAGCUAAAGCUUCGAGGACUUCCACUAGAACAUCUCCAGGGAAGAAGGUUGCUGCUCCUGCUAAGAAAGCAGCGGUUGCAACGAAGAAGGCUCCGGCGAAGAGCGUGAAGGCGAAGACGGUGAAGUCUCCGGCUAAAAGGGCUUCGACGAGGAAGGUGAAGAAGUGA